AUGACCACAAUAUCAUCCAUCAUACAAACCUGCCUCAAACAGCUUGACGAUGUCAUAGUUUCUGCAGAACUCGAAGAAUAUCAAUCUGAUAUCUUGCCAGACUUAUGGACCGAUGAGCUAGGACGUUUGCGGGUCUGGACAGCAAAUAUAGGAGCUCACCAGACGGGCCAGUCGUCGCUGGAUUAUCGAUUGCGCGAUGCCUCUCAUCUCAAGGACCAGACAUUACGUGUUCUCGGUCGACUACAAAGAACAAUUCAAGAUCUUCAAAGUUUUCUGUAUGAGCCUGGCUUCAAGGAAGGCUUUUCCAGUGACUCGGAUGACAGCGAAGAUGAAGGUCGAACUGAGAUCCAAGCAAUUUUCCAUUCUCUGCGGGACACAAUCAAUAUCCUCUUCCAGAACUCAAUGUCAAUACGAAGGCCAGCACAGCACGAUAGACUUGUGGGAGUUAAACGAUCUGACACGGCUGUAUUUGAACCAUUUGACCGACAGCAUGUGGAGAACAAAUACCCUCACCUGGAUAGUAUUAUCAUAGACCGCCUGGGUCUAGCAAUAUCCCAGCGCCGGGCCACUCUACGAUACCGUGAACGACAUCAUUUCAAACUUGCACAGGGGCUAGAUCAGGUCAUCAACGAUCGUGACGACAGUCAGUCUGCGAUGCUAUCGGAGACAGUUGCGACGGAAUUUGUUGAGAAACCAGUCGAAGACUACUUCGAUAUGCAGUCUAUCGCUUCACAAACUUCGUACAGCAGAACGCUCAUUGGGGGUGGAAGUGGUCCGAUUAUACCACCUGCCCCAAAAGAUUCAUUGAAUGGUGACCCUUUCGAAUGCCCAUAUUGUUUCAUACUCAUCAUCAUUGAGAACAAGCACUCAUGGGCGCGACAUGUGCUUCAUGACCUUAUGCCGUACGUAUGUGUUUUCAAUGACUGCCGAACGCCGCACCGGCUCUGGGAAAGCCGUCGCCAGUGGUACAUCCAUUUAAAAGAUGAGCAUUCAAUUCCCCAGGAUUCAGGCGUUUCAGUGGACUGUCCUCUCUGUGGCCUAUCUGUCAACUCUGGGAGAUUGCUCGAGCGUCACCUUGGCCGACACCUUCAAGAGCUCGCACUUUUUGCUUUGCCACAGUCUGGUUUAGAUCAAGAUGACGAGUCUUCCACAUCGAAAAAGUCGGAAGGUGGUCUAUCACAAUCUGACUACGAGGAUGAAGAUGGGUUCGAUGCUAAAUUUGAUAAUGACCCUGACGUCUCUAUAAGCCCAGAUGAAAACCAUCUCCCAGAAUCAUCGCUUUCAUACGAUAUGUCAGAAACGACAGUCCUAGAACACCCUAUUUCUCAUAACCCCACCACUCAUGGCAUUAAUAAAGCAAAGGCGGGCACACGUGUCCGCGCUUGUGGAUAUCCCGGUUGCAACAAGGUCUACGCCCAUGAGGAAACCUCCCACAGUCAUCAGCAAGUUUAUCAUAACAAGGAAUUUUACCGGUGCUCGCACCUUGAUUGCAACAAUACCUUCCAUCGGGCCGACUUACUGGAACAUCACAUGGAGAGACAUCAACUCAAGACCCAGUCCAAAGAGUCCCCGCAUUACGGACAAGAGGCUAAUACUGGUAUUGGCACGCUCAACGAAGAGAACCCCUGUCCGCGGAAAGGGAAGACUAGGCUUCCUAGGGGCUUGGUACAUAUCGAUGCAAUUUUAGAUCUGGGAUAUCCUUUCAAGGAAGAGGCAGACACCUUCAUCAUUUUGAAGGCGCUUUCAACGGUGCAAAUUGACGAAGUCAUCGGUCUGAGCCGAGAGUUCAAAGAGCCAGAGGAUCAGGGGACAAAUGCCGCAUAUGCGCCCAUCACCACCGGAAAUGAGGAAGGGAAAGAAGAUGGAAUACCUUCUGCGCCCCAAUUCCAUACCGCGGGUAUCAUUGACAGUAGUGAUCAUGAUUUUGAUUACAUUGAAGUCCUAGAAGAAGAGACUAGACAGCAGCAACAAGAAGGCCCUGAGAUCACGCGAGAACUUGACAUGUAUAUCAAUGACAAUACGAUAUAUAGGGACAAAGAAGACAAAAAUUCCUCCAAAAAAAGCGCAAAGAUGCUAUAG